AACACUUGGAUUAGCUAACUAGCAGCAUGAUCGGCUGCAAACAUGUCUUCAUGUGACUCCAGCUUCAGAAGACACAAGAUUGAGAUGGAUUGAGUUCAUAUAUGAUGGCAACGUUCCUGCCACCACCUGGGCCAAUAUAACGCUUGAUUCUCUAAAAGGUUGUUAUUGAAAGAGGGGUCGGUGCCAUCUUUCCAUGGCAAUACUGAAGACGAGGGAAAUAAAUUUCCGCAAACACCUGAGGAUGGUGGGCAGCCGCAGGAUGAAGGUGCAGACCUACGCCGAUCGCCGAGCCAAGAGCUUCAGCCGCUCAUGGAGUGACCCCACCCCUGUCAAGCCUGACUCACUGCAUGACUCCAGAGACAGUGGUGAUCUCCAGACCUCCUCAGGGACAUUAGACGAAGGGCUGGAUGAGGAUGCUGAGUGGGAGGAGGAGAGAGAGUUGGAGAGAGCAGCCUGUGACGGCGAGGACUUUAUCCCACCGAAAAUCAUGCUGAUAUCCUCCAAGGUCCCAAAGGCCGAAUAUGUUCCGAACAUCAUCCGCAGGGAUGACCCCUCCAUCAUCCCCAUUCUUUAUGACCACGAACACGCCUCAUUUGAUGACAUCCUCGAGGAGAUAGAGAAGAAGCUGAGUGCUUACAGGAAAGGCUGCAAAAUCUGGAACAUGCUCAUUUUCUGCCAGGGAGGUCCAGGACAUUUGUAUCUGCUGAAGAAUAAAGUGGCCACUUUUGCCAAGGUGGAGAAGGAGGAAGACAUGAUCCAGUUCUGGCGUCGGCUCAGCAGGCUGAUGAGUAAACUGAACCCGGACCCCAAUCGCAUCCAUAUCAUGGGCUGUUAUGUGCUGGGGAGCGCUAAUGGAGAAAAGCUUAUUCAGACUCUGAAGAGGCUAAUGAGACCCACAUCGGUUGAAUUCAAGUCCCCGCUGGAGCUGUCUGCACAGGGCAAAGAGAUGAUCGAGAUGUACUUUGAUUUCCGUCUGUUCCGCCUGUGGAAAAGCCGUCGGCACUCGAAGCUGCUGGACUAUGAUGACCUCUUGUGACGUCGUCCACUUUCUGUUGGCCUGUUGGCCGGUUAUCUCAUGUCUGAGCCUACUGAUGUAUGGUGACAGGGCGUUUAGCUGAAGGGCCCUUCAGAGGCACCUAGACCAGCUCUGUGGCAUAGCAGGAGCAGCAACGCAGCUGGCUCUGUUUUUCACCUCUGAAGUGACGGACGUCCUGUAGAUUCAGCCAGUGGUGUGCUUUUUCCUCCCUUAUCCAUUUUCCAUUCUGCCUAUCUCUCUGAGAAAAGAGAAUGAGAGGGACGAGAAUAAGGAGGAGAAGCAAGGGACUCAUCAUCCUAUCCUAAAUGUGUCAGCAGACACUAACUAGAGUUAAGAUUCCUUAGAUCAUAGCAAUAGUGAUAGCAGAGCGACAGCAGAACGAACUCCACGCUUCUGAGUUUAGAAGGUGACAGAUUUAUUUAUUUAGUUGGUUACGUUUUGCCUCUUUUGCCUCAGCUAAUCUUUUAAGAUGCAGGUUUAUAGGACAGAAGUAUUUUCUCUGUCAUGUGUGAAAGUUUUCUGCAAGGGAAUUAUAGCUUAUAUGUAAAUAAACAAGUGCUUAGCAGAGCAUUAGAGAAUCGAUUUCCAGCAUCUCUUUGUCAUGUGAAAAUCUAGACAAAUUAAUCAGAUCUAUUUAACACAACUGUUUUAAAACUUCAAAUAACUGUAUUAGCAUUUUUUGUACAGAUUGUUGUAUUAACUCAGGUUAAAACCCUUCUUUGAUACUAAGAAUUGUAUUCAGUGUUUGCAACAUACUGUAGAUCAGAAUCUGAUGCCUACAUACUCCACACAAAGCCAUCGCCAGUGGGACAUCAUGACCGUCAGGGAUGUCAUAUGGAGGGUGGAGGUUUCCUAUAUUUUCAUAGUCUGUAAAGUCAACAGUAGCCAAACACACAGAUGUAUCUGUGGAUCUUUCUGAACUUUACAACAUUACGUUUGACCCGGCUGAGCCUACACCAGCUUUUCUUUUUGAGCUGUUGGUUCAUGGGUACUGAAACUAUUUAGUGUGUUUGUGUCUUUAUAAGGAGUAGUAACAUACAUGCUGCGCUGUAUAUUUACUUUAUUUCAACUCUCCAUUUACUCUCAUCUUUUGGAGUGAAUCAGAAUUUCUUAUUGAAGACUUAGUUUGACGUUUUCAAAGUAGCAAUGACGUGGUAGAGGUGACACUUAACUCUGAGUUGUGUUUCUUUCCCCUCACCACUACACUUUGGUUUAUGUGUUAUAAAACAGAUUUGCUGAAUAUCACAAGACAAAGGUCAUUCAUUGUCAUGUUUGGUAUUAAUAUCCACUUUUUAAAAAUGAGGACAUUUUAAUUUUGAGACUUUUUAACUUAAUGAAGUUAAGGUCAAAUUUGCAGAAGCAGAGGGUAAUGUAUUCUGACAAGUUUCACAUGUUGAGCAGUACCCCUUGUGACAGGGCUCUUAAUAAAAUCUUCACCAGGCAGAGAGAAAUAAUUAUAACCUUUCUUAUGACCUUAUCUUAUUGUUGAGUUAUUUCAGACUUGAACUACCGUAGCCCAUCUUAUAACAAAGCCACUAUAAGCCUGAUGCUGCAUUUCUGUCAUUGUCUCUAGUUGCUGAAAACAAUCCUGUUUUUUCUUUGUUUAAAGCAUUUUACUGUAUAGCUACGAAAUACUCACACUAUUGCUAAAUAUCUAGCACUAAUUUAUUUUAUGUUACUUACACUAAAUAUUUUUUGCUUAACUACUGGCAUUGGAUAAUUGUAGUUUCAAAAAAGGAGAAGUGGCAUUUAUAUCGCACCAUUUCAAGCUUGUGCUGAUGUGGCCAUGUCCUCUGUUAUAUUCAUGUAUAUAAACAUAUAUUCUCUCUGAGGUAUAUAGCUACAUCAUCACGCAAUGUCCUCACAAAGAUAGGGGAUAAAGGAAAAUCCACUGUAAGUAGAGGCUUUUUUUGCUUUUUCAUUUCGUCAUUAACUUGGUUGCAAGAUCAAGAUUCAGGGACUAUCAGUGUAGUCAGACAACAUUAUGUGUCAUUUAUUAACCCACACCUCCUAAAUGCUUAUCCAAGCUUCCCUGCAAAUCGUGUAUCUUGACCUGUGUGUGCAUGACUGAGCACUUUCGCUGCUUAUCGGUACAUUCAAGUCUCCCAGUGGUGAUGCUUGCUGAUCCAUGUGAAACAUUUGAACUGGAAGAAGCGUUCAUUGCAGUGGAAUGAACAUAUUGAACUUAUGGGCUCUGUAAGGAAAAAUGUGAACCAAAAUGGAGAUACUGAGGCAUUUAACCCCGCCCUUUUGCCAGUUUCAAAACAUUCUGUUAAAUAAUUCUGAAAUGGACUAUUCUUGACUUUCCUCAGAUACAUUGAUGCUGCUCUUUGCAUUAUUUACUUCCUACCAUGAAAGUGAGCUGACAUGUUUUUCUAUAUUUAAGAUAUUUGUGUAUCACUGUAAAUUUUGAUUUAUGCUUGUGUCACAUAAAAUGCUCACUCAUACAGUAUAUACUGCUGUCAAGGUAUCGUUGUGCCACAGACUAGCUUGUGUCAAAUUUAUUGUGAUAAUUUGUUGAAAUUACUGUAAACAGGUAAGACCAUAGUGGUUGCUUAUGUCAACACAAAAUGUGUUGGAAACACUGGUAUGUUUGUGUGUUGGAAUACUAAUAUUGCCCAGUUGUAGCAGUAGUUUUAUGCAUAAGUAACUACUCCUUGUUUGUAUCAUUGUUCCAUCCAGCGCACUGUAAAUUCUGAAACAGUAUUCGGGUACUUUAAAGGUCCAGUGUGUAGAGUUGGCCGGAAAUUCUAUAUUAUGUUUAUAAUGAUGUUUGCAUCAGUGCAUAAUCACCUUAAGCUAAUAAUCAUUGUGUAACAUCUGAAUAGGCCCUUUAUAUCAUCAUUGUGAGCGGGCCCUUUACCACAGAGUCAACCAUGUUGGACUGCUAUGUUUCUUCUACAGUAGCCGUCAAUGGACAAACCACACUCUUGUCUUUUACAUUAUGUCGUCACAGGCUUUCCAACACUUAAAAGGGAAGGGUGAGAGGAUGAGUUUCCAGUUAAUUCCAAUCUGCACCCUCACCACUGGAUGCCACUAAAUUUCACACACGGAACCUUUAAUUACCUGAAGUGCAGAGAGACAUGCUCAUAUCAGAAACAGAGCUUUAUUUUGAAAUUCUCGUCUUUAAUGACUUAUAGUUGUGAGUGUUAUAAUAAAAAACUUUCGGUGUUUGCUGUAAAUACAAACAUUUUCACCAGUUUAAUCCAUUGUCUCAAUAAAAUGUGUUAAAUUUACACAUCAGUAAUUCCAUCAGUGAGUACGAGUGAAUAGGGAAUCAAUUACAUCAACUACAAAAACUAUUUUAGUAUUUAUCUCUACUCUUAUUUCCAAUUAGCAUCUUAUGUUUGUGGUAUAUCACUGAUCCUGUCAGUGGAACACUUCUAACAAAAAGGUUUUACAAUCUGUGCAGGUAUGUUGUUUUUCUACUGAUGGAAUUAGUGAUCUGAUCAUGUAUAUAAUGCUGAAAUUAUUGUGUGAACUAGUACCAGUAUUUCCACCUCGAACUAUAUACGUUUUAUAUUAAUUUUAUUCAUUGUCACACCGUCUGUAGACAUUCUUGCUGAUGGUCUUGCAUGUUAACAGUCUUGAUACAACCUCAAAAUGAAUUUAAUGGCUAUUACUUUUAAAAUCAUAGAACAUUUAAAGGUGUAUGAGAAACAUCACAUCCUGACUGUAGCUCAUGACAUUUGCUGUCUUGGCAGCUUAAUUAUCUCUUCACUUAAUCAAUCUGACUUUAGAAAUUGUUGUUCAUUCUAUGAUUUUUCUUCAUGUAGAAGUAUUUGUUAAAACAUCAGCCGAUCUGCAAAUCUUUUUUCCGUAGCAAUAUAAAGUCCUGUGUUGAGUACAUUUCUUUAAUGUACAGGAUGGAGUACAUUGUUCAAGGUAUUUUUUAGUCUGUAAUACCUUAAAUUACUGUCAAAUUCUAGUGCUGUCUGAUGAUGGACAAAAACAAAGUGAGAAAUACAUGGAAGACUGAUGCAGCAGAAUGCAGCUUGUUCACUGCUUGGCUCCUUAAUAUUCAAAUGGAGUUAAGUCUAGCACUUAUAGACUCCCUUGUCUCCCCUGCCACCUCUGCCUUGAAUUUAAGUGAAGCCCAUCCCCCAAAGCCUAAUAACACACCUGCUCAAAUAUGGGAAGUGCAUCUUAAGUCUUUAUAUUUGAUCCUGCUGCUGUAUUGGACUCAAUAGCAAGUUACACUCAGAGUUGAGACAAGCCUGAAGGGUUUAUAAUGAGUUUCCUUCACAAAGAAAAGGUAGAUUCACCAAGCUCAUUGAAUUCUUCCUGAGGCUGUGAUCAGUUGAUACUCGAGUUGUAAAAUGGUUGAUAGCUGCUCAUAAGCUGCAUAAUUAGCAUCAGCUUGUUUACCUGAAGUAGUAAAAACAUGCUACAAAAAGAUCUGUUAAUUGUUUCUGUCUGAUGUUUCAGUUACAUAUACAUUUUUUUGAAUUCAGAUUCAUCCAAGUGGGCCCAUUGAUGAUGUUUCUAACUCACGAAGGAAGCAAAACGGAAAAAAUUCAUAAAAUGAAUACAAACAUCUCAGGAUGAAAAAGAGGUGUCAGAUGUAGAAAACCCAGACGAAGAUGUCAACUUGGAAAGACGCCUAGAGAAUCAAGAGCUUUUGGUGAAACGUGCCCCGCCGGGGUUGAUGUGCUUAAACAGGGGAAUUUAUAGAUAUGUGUCCUUCCUCAUGAUGCCCCAACCCUCCCCUGAACGAUCCAGAAACUUCUGUACUGUUAGGAAUGUGUCAGAGGCCAAGAAUCUCCUGCUGCGUUCUCAGAAAUGAAUGUCAAGAAUCUCUUGUGGUGACAUUCUUUGGAGUUCAUGUCUGAGCUGUAAAACAUGAAAACCAGAAUGAGAUUAAAAUGGAGAAAAGCUAAAACUCCAUUUAAUUAGAGAGCAACCAUAGCUCAAUGCUAAUUAUUUAAUUUGAACCCCUCUGCGCUUCACGCCAAGUCUUAAUAUAAAAUAUAUUGCUUUAUGGUGCACAUGGGCUGUGGAGGAAGCAGGAGACCUCAUGUAAGAUAAUGUUCCUAACACUGAAGGAGUCAAGCAGUGAGACCUGCAGAGAGUCAAGCUAUAACAGCCAUGGCAAUCUUUGGUGGGUGCCAGCAACUUUGAGAUAACAACCAAAUAUCAUGUUUACACAUAUCUUGGCCUCCGGGAUGUCUUGUAUUCAUAUUUGAAUAAAUCCAGUAAACGAGUUAAACAAGCAAGCCAACACACAGUUUGAUUUGUCUCGCUGUAACAGCCAUUUUCUUUUCCUGAGAACAAUUAUACAAAUCAACAGAUUGAUAUGUGAAUACCUUCUCCCUUGCUUUCAAAAGCAUUGUUGCGCCCCCCUGCUGCUUUUGAUGUUUUUUCCAUGAAGAUUGCAAGGGCUCAGUUGGAAGUGUGAUUUGAGUUUGAUGAGGAUGAUGGAUUAUGCUGCUUUGAUUACCCUGACACCUCCAGUGGGGGCUGUGAUUGUAUUUUCAGAAGAAAGGAAAAUAAUAUGUGUAUGUAAUGUCUGGCUCAUUUUGCGUCAACUUCUAAGUCACCUAACUGAGCAUUGGAUUUUUUAAUAACUUUCUCAGACUAGCAGACAAUAAAGACUGUGCGAUUGAUUGAUGUUACAAUAAGGUUAUUGAUAAAGAAAAUCUUGUAUAUUAGUUAACGUUAUAAAGCAAUUAUUAUUACUGUAUACUGUAUCUGGUGAUUUUGAUACUAGUAGAAAUUACAAAUAUAUCUGGGUAGCUUUGAUGAGCUUUUGGGUUAUUCCUUAGGAUAGAAAUGGAACUUAAAUUGAAGGUGACAACUUAUUGUAUCUGAACUACUAACAAGGAUUGUGAUUGUAUCACAAUUAGUUAAAAUUUGUUUUCCUUUUUUUUCUAGUAAACUUUAG